AUGUCCGGAUCCGCACUGGAUCCGGUUCACGAUCCGCGCCACCGCAUAUCGUGUCCCUUUAGUAACUCUUCCCUUGUCACUGUAGUUGGGAAAUUCCAACAGCGAAUAAAGGAAGACACAAAGGAGGCAGCAAUGGCUUUUUCAUGGCAAGAUCUACCGGGCGAAAUCGAACUCGACAUCCUCUCCAGACUCCCACCCAAAUCCAUCCUUCGGUCCAGGUGCGUCUGUAAAAACUGGCUCUCCCUCUUCUCAAACCCUAGUUUCAUUCACAAACACCUUCUCCAUCGCAAUCGCACCUCUGACGACGACGACGACACUCUCCUCAUCCACAACUGCGCCCGUGAUUCCUUGAGACUCCACCACGGCCUCUCCCUCUUGAACUUGGGAAACCCAAAAGACCCUCUCACCUUCAAUCUAAACCACCCAUUCCCCCAAAGAAACAAUCGGUGUGACAUGGACCUCGUCGGUUCAAUCAACGGUUUGGUUUGUCUCACCUCUAAGACCGACAGCUUGGUUUCGAUCCUAUGGAACCCCGCUACUAAAGACUGCGUCAACAUCCCAACUCCCAACCUCAAGUUCCUCCCAAACCAAGGCGGUUACUCAAUUGGGUUCUGCUUCGAUUCCCUUAGAAAUGACUAUAAGAUUUUGAACGUUGUUUGGUUCAAUGAAGAUAUGGAACUUCGACCUCGCCCUCGUGUGGAGCUGUACUCGGUUGGUACAGAUUGUUGGAGAGAGAUUGAGAUUGAGGUCGAGACUCCAUUCGAAUAUUUAUCCACCAGGUGUGAUACAAUUGUGAAUGGAGAACCGUACUGGUCGGCCUAUUUCUACGGGGAUCCGUUUGUUAAUGUGGUUUGGUUUGAUGUGGGUAAAGAGGUGUUCCGAGAGGGGCCGCAGUUUUUGCCGGAGCCCUUCGUUUUUUUGCAGGAGCCCUUCGUUGAAUGUCUAGUGAAUUUUGAGAAUUCAGUGGCGGUGAUCGCGAGUGCGGUUUGGCCACCUAAAGGAAAUUGGGAAGACAAGAUUAGCUUAUGGGUGAUGGAAGAUGAUUCUUCCUCAUGGAGUAUGAAAUUCAGCGCUGGACCCUCAAGCUUUAUGACGCUUGUAGGAUGUUCAAAGAAGGGAGAGAUUCUGUUUAGACUCUUUGGAGAACAUGUGCUGCAAUUGUACAAUCCCAAAACACAAGAAACUUGCAAUAUUGAGACUGAUUUGGAGGGUUUGAGAAUCGAAUUUGAGAAAUUUAAAUUCCAAGUUAGUAACUAUACAGCCAGCUUAGUUCCAAUCAGGGGAUUCAAGCAAGUUGAAAAAGAAGGAACUGUUGGUAAAAGAAGGAAAAUUGAGCAUUAA